GAUCGUAUAUAUACUGUGUGUGGCUAUAAGCAUGCGGUGGGAGAGUAGUUAAGCCUGGCUGUUGUAAGAAGGCUGUACAGAUCUAAGUGAAGUAGCUAUUUCACCUGAAGACAACAUUAUAGCUAGUGCCACAGUGGACUAUUGUAACCCAAACCUAUACUAUAGGAACUGUACUAGCUAGACUAGAUCAGUCUUCUUUCUAAGAAGUUCUCGGUUAUCUUGAGAGAAAUCCACUAGUCAAAGCUACAAGUCUCCAAGUAGCUAGCUAGAUCUGAAGCAGGAAUAGAGCUACAGAAUAGUACUCUGAACAGAAGACACUGUCAGACAGUUUGCAACCAAGAGAUAGAAGACAAAGCAACAGGCAGUUCGGAGUUCAUAAAGUGAGAGAAAGAGGACAAGAGAGAAUAGACAGUUGGAGGUUCCAAAGAAAAAAAGAGAGAGAAGUGUCUUCUGUCAAGUCAUGAGUUUCUGCUGUAGCUGCUGCACCAGCUACAGGAGCUGUUGUCAUCGAUCCAAAAAGGAGCGAUUUGCCGACAUUGAAUACGAUGUUCUCUCGAAGUCGAACGUCUCCAAGUGGCCGCUGGGACAGGGUCCCUCUGGGAAGAGCUUCACCAUGCCUCAGGAACAGUCAGAGAUCAACUAUGCCCUCUUGGAACGCUGGGGGUCCCAGGAAAUCCUCUCCAGACCGCCAGGUAAAGCUGUCAUUACACAUCAGCCGCUGGGAUUCUCAAGAAGUCGUACUGCCAGCACAGCAUCUUCUUCUACUUCAUUUGACACUCGACCGCUGGAGGACCAAAGAGCUCCAGAAAUCGACUUUCUUCUCUACUACAACAUAUCCUCUCUCUCACUCACAGUCCACCUCCAGAGGGCUCGCUAUCUUCCUCCCAAGAAUCACAAGAACUUUGUUCUUCUUCUCUAUCUCGCUCCCAAGACCCAGACUGGAGAUACGUUGCAAUCAACGGUCCUCAAAGACGGCCCCGAACCGGUCAUCAAUCGCUCGGUCACCUUCAAGGAUUUGAAACCGGACGAAGUAAGAGAGCAGACACUGGUGUUUCAGUUGUAUAAUGGGUCGACAAUGGGUGCGCUGGUUGGUGGGGUGACCCUACCACUCUCGGAUGCAGAUCUCUACGGUAUGAGCUGCACAAUGAACAUCGACUUGGAUAGAGAGAAAAUCAAGGCAGUAAACAGUGGUGACCUGCUAUUGUCGCUGGUGUUCAAGAGUAAGUCGAAGAUACUCGAGGGCAUCAUCCUCAAACUGGCCAACAUGAAAAGGGAGCAAGACGUAGCUAUUGGCCUGGCAGAUGUCUACAUAAAGAUAUGGCUACUCAACAAGGGAAAAAGAAUGAAAAAGUGGAAGUCAAGCAUAAAGCAAAAGGUCCCGGCACCGAUUUUCAACGAGCCUUUCGCUUUCCAUCUGGGGACAGAAUCAGGAAACAUUCAGGAUCUCGCCCUGGAGCUGGUCGUCAUGGAGCAAGAUCGCUUCUCGCGGGGCGUGACGAUGGGCGUGGUUUACAUUGGGACAAGUGUUCCUCAUCACACGGGACGUCAGCAUUGGCAACAGGUCAUGUCUCAGUCUGGUACCAGAAUCAGCAACUGGCAUCCAGUCCUUCCAAUAUCACCAUCGACUCUAUGACCUCCUUAUAGGGAAUGUGUCGGUGCAUAAGGGCUCAAUAUGCAAUAUAUAGGACCCUGUGUAACAAUGCUAUUAGGUUUACAUUUAACCCUUAUUUUACUGCCACUUUUCUUUCUGUGUCACUAAACUAGAUUCACAUCAUUUUGACACUUAUCACUAUCUUCAAGAAUUUGGUCCCUUCACACCGUUUUUCAUGCAAUUUUUA